AUGUCACAAACAAGUAUUGAUGAUAAAGUUCCUGCACCAGUUAUCAGUGAAUCUUCAUCUGUUGUUCGCCGUUGGGAAGAUGAUUUUUCUGAAACAAAAACAGAUGGAAUUAUAUAUGAUUAUAGCAUUGUUGGUUCAGGUUCAGCAGGUGCUGUUUUAGCCAAUCGUCUUUCUGAACAAAAUAAUAAACAAGUUCUUCUCAUUGAAGCUGAUGGUACUGUUGCAACCGAUACAAUCCAUACGCCAACUGGAGGUUGUCAACAUGGUAAUACUGAUUGGCAAUAUAAAACUGUAUCGCAAGUUAAUUCACAUUUUAGUUGUAUUAAUCAACAAAGUAACUGGCCACGUGGAAAAGUUUUUGGUGGUUGUUCUUCUAUCAAUUUUAUGCAAUAUGUUCGAGGUGAUUCACAUGAUUAUGAUAGUUAG